AUGGUCGAGCACCAAGAGAAGUCUCCAUCACUUCGGACAUUCUAUGGACUCCCUUUCUUGAGAGAUUCAUUCAUAGAGAACAACGAGAAGCUAAGAAGGGAUAAGAUGACCAAGUUUGUGACUGGUGUGUCAAAGAAUCUUGAAAAGGAUUGUCGGGUAGCCAUGGUGAAUGAUAACAUAGAACUUGGUAGGUUUAUGAACAAGACGAAGUUCAAGAAGGGGCACCAACACUCAGGUAAUCCUACUCCAUCCAGGAACUCAAAUGCCAAAGUGGAAAAGUCUGGCCCCCAAAAGGGAAAUCAUAGAAAUGCCCAGCAUAAUAGCAAGCCAUGUGGUAAAUGUGGCCGUUUACAUGGAGGUGAGUGCUUCGUAUGUACUAAUUCCUUCUAUGGGUGCAGCAAGAGUGGUGAUGUAGUCAGGGACUGCCCACAUGUUAGGAAUAGGGCCAAGAGAGAUGCUCAGCCUUGGUUGAAUCCUAAUGAUGCAUCUGAACCUCCCAAGAGGAACAGAUUCUAUAUUAUGAAAGAUAGAGAGGAACAAGAGAAGUAA